AUGAUUUUAAAAGCAAAACUCCUGUGGCUAAUUGUUCCCCUCUAUCUGCUGGCCGUUUUGGAUGAACUACUCUAUACGGAGGCCUACAUGAACAGCGUACGCAUCGAAGAGAUACCCUUUGCGUUGACAACAAUGCGUCACAGUCGUAAUCGUAGUCAAAGUGCCCUCAAGCGACCCCAGGAGGAGAGGCGAAAUAUAUAUGCCCUGAAGCGUUUGGAUCAACAUAAGGGAUUUUUGAAGAUUUUCAAUAUUCCAUAUAUAAUUUGCUUUUUUGCUGCCAAAGGCAAAUGGCCGUUUAUACCGCCAUUUAUGCAAACUCAGGUCAAUGCUGCCGCGCGGACAUUUUUCAAUCAAAACGAUAGUUCGAUAAAACAGUUCUGUCAGAAAUGGAUACAAAUUAAAGAAUGUUUUCGUCCGAUAUUUUCACCCACAACCACACCGGUAAAUCUGGAAGUGAUCACCGUAUCGCCACAACGCUGCCAGUGCGCCCAUCUCGUCUCAACUGAAGCUCCCGUACCCGUUGUCUAUUUCGAUCGUGAUCAUAUUGGAAAUAUAAGUGCUGAAACUAUACGUAACACCAUUGAAUUUCUGGAGAAUUUCCUACCACCGCCGACCAAGAAAAAUAAACGAAAAAAUCGUGUUCGUUCACGUUUAGAUGAAAUGGAUAUUGAAUGA